UAUUCCCCCUCGGUGUGGUGCCGGAUCCAAGCUGUCCGUCAGUCACCCACACUGCUGUGGGAAGCAGCGCGCACUGCCACAGCGACACUGCCACGGAGUUUAAAACAAUCUGGAGCCUCAAAACGUAUUUGAAAGCAACGAUUUCGUCAAGACAGCUCAGGGAAAUUCAUCGGGAGCAAAGAGUUUAGUUUUGCUUAGUAAAGUCCAUGACGCUGUCACUGAGAUUUACGUAGAAAUCCCUUCCGAGUGUGCUAGAAAGGACGUGUUCAACGAGAGGCUGUGACUUCCGCCCAUCCCCUGAAUGAUGGAGGCUCCCAGUUUGCCCACGGCGCCCGCAUAUGCUGGCACCUACGGGGGCUGCGCGGACCAAGAGGAGGAGGAGGAGAAGAUGGAAGAGGAAGCGCGGUCGCGCGUCCCUGCCCCGCUCCUUCUCCUUCCGGGUUAGCUGCCGCCGCCGCGUCCUCCAGCAGCCCGGCCAUGGGGGAUGCCCCGCAGGCUGCGGCUCCGCUGGACCCCACGCUGGGGACGCCCCUUCCCCGGGGGCGCGGGAGCACUGCGACCUCCCAGGACAAGCUCUUCCUCAUCAAAGGUGGAAUUUUUCUAGGUACAGUUGCUACAGCUGGAAUGAUAGCAGGUUUUGGCACCACACUUGCCAUGGCAAAAAAGAGGAACCCAAGCUGGUUCAGUAAGGGUAUCACUGCUACAGCUGCAUUACCUGAGAGUGGCUCAUCACUGGCCUUACGUGCCCUAGGAUGGGGCUCUCUGUAUGCAUGGUGUGGAGUUGGAUUACUAAGUUUUGCCAUCUGGAAGGCCCUGGGUGUUCACAGUGUGAGUAGCAAAUGAAAGAGUUCCGAACUAAAAUGCAGUCAAUAUUUCCAGCAAUUCCUAAAAAUAGUGAGUCCACCGUUGAAUGGGAAGACUUACUUAAAUCAAAGUGAAAGAAUCAGAAGCAUUUGGAGAUGACUCUUCGAGCAAGAACAGGAGCAGAAGCAGCAGAAGUGUCUCAUCUGAAUAAAAGAGAAAAAAACACAGACUGAGCAAGUUACUGAUUGAGUUCACUGAAACUGGGGACGCCAGUUAACAUCUUAACAGCUAGAGAACCAAAAUAAUAAUUUAUACUGUAUUUCUUCAGCGUGUUUGGUAUGAUUGAUUUGUGAGGAAAUGAACCCACCAAGGUAAGUUGGUUCCAACUUGAAAAAAGACUACGUUAUGAAGACUUAAAUAAAAAAAACAAAUUAAUCAUAAAUAUAAGGACAAAACCUCAAUAAACUUUUACCCCAUCCUGCCUUUUAAGAGUAAUUUUAGGGAAUUCCUCUUGGAAACAAGGAAUGGUGCUUUCAGUGCCAUUUACGUGUAUCACUAGGAAUGUAAACAUCAAGAGAAUUAUAAAAGAUCCAUCGAUGAGCCUGAAGAUAAAGGAUACAGUGCACUCUUCUAAAAAUAAAGGAGAUAAUUAAAGUUGUAUUAGAGAAAGUGUCUAAACCAAGCUGUUUUUGUCUGUCUGAUUGGAAAGUUUAAAACAUCAAAUAUAGAAGUAAUGACCUACUGAGCUCCUCUGUAGAGCAGCAGCAGAGACCUCAACAAAGUGCACUUUUUUCAGUAGUAGCUUUUUUAUUGGAUCCCACAUAUUUGUAUGAAUAUUGUAAGUGAAGAAUAUAUAAAAUAGUAUUAUGUCCAGUCUGUCCUACACAAUAGAUAUUUUCAGCCAAGCAGGUGUUUUCUGGGGGACGUUUUUUUUUUUCUUUUUAAUUUCAGUGGUUCCUGUGGCUCUGUUAUCAGGAGUAGCACUGUGUCAUUUUCCCACACUGCAGUAAUUUCAUGAAGCGUAGGCAUAAACUAGGAAGAAUAAUGUCAUAGUCACUGUAUUUGCAGAACUGUAGGUCUGUAAAACUGCAGAAAUAAAAAUAGUGAAGAAUUCUUUGUUGAGUGAAUGCUCAGUUAUCAGGGUUUUUUUUAUCAGUUGCACACAGUCCAAUUAAGGCAGCUGCCAGAUUUAAUAAAGUCUGCUUAGAAACUGUCUUUUGUGAUUAAAUCUUUAUAUUUCUAGGAAAGAAUGUUAAAAAAAAGCAUUAAAUGUCAGAUGAAUAAUAGAGAAGUGUGGUUUUCCUAUGAAACAUGACAGCACUAGAAUAAUAUCUUUAACACAAUUGAAGUAUAAUAGAUGACAUCUUUUCCAUUGUUUGAUGCUUGUAAUUCAAUAUUAAAUAAAUUGUGGUGAAUGCUGCCAUCCUAUGCACAUGAACAAUGGUACUAUUUCCAUAUUUCUGUUUGUGUGCAUGGGGAUGCCUGUAGUGCCUAUGCUUACGCAUAUUGGUGCUGAGUUGUCAAGUUUAGCAAGUAGCCAUGGCAUUAAAACUGAUCAGGUUCUGAACUGAACUAAAUAAAUGCAAGUCUUGUUAUGCCUUUAAAGUUGACCAACUUUAGUUUUUAAGGUGGUAUUCAAGUCAUUUGGACUUAUCUGUAUUAAAUAACUUUUGGUAAAAUCUCAUCUAAAUUAGUCAUCCAAGCUCCCUGUACCAUCAACGGAGAAAGACAGGAGUGGUCAGAGAGUGACUUUCUCUGUGUUACAGUGAAUGGCUGGUCCUUGAAUUUUACAAAUCAUCUGAACCGUGCCAGCUGCUUGUGAAAACAGUCACUGUUGCUUACCUCCCAUCAGCACAGUGACUGUGUGAGAACACAGUUCAGGAGUAGUAUGAAAAAUGAGUAGUUUUCUAGCACUUAAAAGUUCUGAGGGCUGAAUGAGUAUUAGUCCUGGCAGAAGCGAGCAGUUACUUCUGGUAAUGGUUAACCAUUGGAUCGGUCUGACUGUAUGACAAAAAAUUUCCCAUAUGGCAGACAGUAUGAAUUAAACCUGGAGGUGCCCCAAGUUGAACGGCCUUAUCAGAUUACAUUUUUUCAAAACCAAAAUUGAACUUAGUGAAAUUUGGAAACAAAUCUUUAAAACAGAAUCACACAUACAGAGCAAGUACAGAAUGAUCUAGUAAACCAGUGUUAAGAUAAAAGGCUUUACAUAAAACAUCUUUCAAAGAGCAAGAAAUUCAUAGAUCACCUUAUUAUUCCAAGCUUUAUUGUGUGUUUUUGGCUGGAAAUGAGUUUUCUCUAGAUAAAGGCUCAUAUAGACGAGUACAACAAUCAUAAUUUAAAAGUAAAUCAAGUCUCACGUUGAAAUCCACAAGAAUUUUUAUCUUUGCUCUGUGCAGCUCUUAUUCACCAGGUGAAAAUUCUGUCGACUUUGGGAUACUGCUCUUUUUAUGAAAAUAUUUAGCACAGUUGCCCAAAACCACAAAAAACCCUAGAAAAUGUGCCAUUCUCUGUACAGAUAGAAGGAAAAAGUACAUUGUAUAUCAAUAGUAGCUAGAUACCAUAGUGUAUGUAGUUAUUGCAACUGAGCAAAUAAAGCUACAAACAAUAA